AUGAAGACAGCUUUCCAGGGAGAAUUGAAUUUAAUGAAUAAUUACUAUGAGGGACCUCCACAACAAACUCCAAGAUUAUUAGCAUCUGAAUCAAAAAUUUCAGACGUGAACUUUAACAGUUUAUUCAGAGUAACAUCUGCUAUUGUUACAUCAUCUGGUUUUGACUAUAGUUUAUUUGGGAUUACAAAUGCAAGAGCAGCUUUAGCUACAUCAUAUUUUAUUGGACUCGGAUCUUUUAUUGGGUUUAUUAUGAUUAUAGCUUUAAUUCGAAUUAUUUAUUUUGUUUCUAAGAGAAGAAAUAGCAGGGCUAACUACAGUAAUCUAAAUUCACAGAGAUUUGUUGUUAGAUCAUCCGACGACAUCGCCUCAAGUAACUAUGGAUCUAAUGAAUUCCCAGCAAUUUCUAGCGGAGCCAAAGUUUAA